AUGAACAGCUUCAUUGUCACAGUCCUCAUCUGGACCGCAGUAGCAUGUGCUGAAGAAGACAAGCUCCUAGGAGAGACCAGUGAAACUAGUUUUCGAAAGUGCCAACAGGCGUUCAAUAUACCCGUUCUGGAAGUGCUACCUGGAGGCGGCUGGGAUAAUCUGAGAAACAUAGACAUGGGGCGGGUGAUGGACUUGACAUACACCAACUGUAAGACCACAGAAGAUGGACAUUACAUCAUCCCCGAUGAAGUCUUUACUAUUCCUCAGAAAGAGAGCAACCUGGACAUGAACUCAGAAAUCCUGGACUCCUGGGUGAAUUACCGCAGCACCACCUCAGCUUCCAUCAACAUGGGGCUUGAUUUUCCUUUCAAAGUCAAUGGCAAGUUCUCUUCUGAGUUCCAAAGGAUGAAGACCCUUCAAGUGAAGGACCAUGCUGUAACUACAAGAGUUCAGGUGAGAAAUUUGGCCUACACAGUGAAAAACAACCCAAGUUCAGAACUCAGCUUGGGAUUUAAGAAAGAGCUCAUGGAAAUAUGUGACCAUCUAGAGAAAAACCAGACAAAGAUGGCCACCUACCUGGCAGAACUGUUGGUCCUCAACUAUGGCACACACGUAAUCACCAGUGUGGAUGCUGGGGCCGCACUCAUUCAGGAGGACCACAUAAGGUCCUCCUUCCUUAAGAACCACAAGGGAAACCAUGUCGCUGUGACCACCUCUGCUGGAAUCACUUUCGCAAAGGCUGUGAACUUCAACUCUGAAGUAGGCUUUGAUUACCAAAAUAGCUUGACCAGAGGCUACCUUGCUAACAGAACCAACUCCAGGAUGCAGAGCAUCGGAGGGGCUCCAUUCUACCCAGGCAUCACCUUAGAAACCUGGCAGAAUGGCAUGGCUAACCACUUGGUGGCAGUAGACCGAUCUGGUUUGCCUCUGCAUUUCUUCAUCAAGCCUAACAAGCUGCCUGGUUUUCCGUACCACUUGGUGGAGAAGCUGUCGAAGACAGUGGAAACCGCUGUGAGAAACUACUACAACUUUAACACAUACCCGGGCUGCACAAAUGUCGAUUCUCCCAACUUCAAUUUUCAAGCCAAUACAGAUGACGGCUCCUGCGAUGGUAAGGUAGCCAACUCUCCCUUCGGAGGUGUUUAUCAGGUGUGCCAACCACUCUUUUAUAGUUCACUAAAUCUCUGCCAAGAGUUGGAACAGAAGAAUCCACUCACUGGUGAUUUCUCCUGUCCCUCUGGAUACAGUACUGUCCAUUUACUGACUCAGACCCAUGAGGAGGGUUACAGGGACAUAGAAUGCAGACAGAAGUGCAUCCUCAAGAUCUUCUGUAAGAAAGUGUAUGAAAAUGUAUUCAAAGUGGCUAAGGCUGAAUUCAGGGCUUAUUGGUGUGUGGCCAGUAGUCAAAUAUCCCAAAACUCAGGACUUCUCUUUGGGGGAGUCUUCACUGACAAGAGCAUCAACCCUGUGACAAAUGAACAGUCAUGCCCAUCUGGGUACCUUUCACUGAGUCUGUUACAGAACCUCAAGGUAUGUGUUUCUAUGGAUCAUGAGCUGGGGCAUAAGUUUUCAGUCCCCUUUGGUGGGUUCUUCAGUUGCACAAAGGGGAACCCUUUGGUUAAUUCUUCAACAUCCAGAGACUUGGGGGAAUCAUUUCUGCAAAAGUGUCCUGGGGGCUUCAGCCAACAGCUAGCUGUUAUCAAUGAUGGUUGCCAAGUGUCCUAUUGUGUCAAGGCUGGAAUCUUUACAAAAGAUUCCCUAGCCCCUGUUAGGCUACCACCUUACACUCAGCUUCCUCUCAUGAGUCAGUCUGACACCAGCUCUAAUGAAGAGACAAGUAGCGAUAGUGCCGAACCCUAUGCCCAGCAGUGGAGGCUAGAGAGGCCAUCGGGACUGCACAGAGGAAGCACAUCAGGAGAAACCAUUGCUGGAAUCACAGUUGGGGCUAUCCUGGCAGUAGGUGUUUUCAUUGCCAUGGCCAUCUAUGGCCACCGGAGGUCUAAGAAGAGUGAAUACAAAGUAACUUCAAAAAUGCCUUUUCCUUCUUUUGCAAGAGCUAGAGCCACUCCUGAUGGAGUGCAGGAUCCAACUCCAGCUUAA